CCGACAUGUUGCUGUAUCUCACGCUCCUUCAAUCUUUCGCUCUUCUUGUGACACUAUCUGGGACCUCCUUUGGGGAGCACACUCGCCAUCUCGCACACAGGAGACAUGUCUCAAGAACUUCGGAUCACAACAUAUUUUCCUGGCCUUCUAUGGCGUUGCACGCUCGCGAUGACUGCGAGCCCAGGGACCCCUUGAACACUCUUACGGACCGCCUGAACAUCCUACUCAACUCUUCCGGGCCAGGAUACAUCCUCCCUCUAUGUCCGGGCGUGGAGUAUCUCAUUGAAGCCCCCAUCCUGUUUGCCGCGCCGGACCAGGAGAUCAGCACUGUUGGCUAUCCAACAGGCGAUGAACGGGCCACCCUCGUCGUCAACGGGCCCGUGGCUAACGGACAAGGGCACACAACCGCGGUCGAUGGUACCUGUUUCAACUGUAGUGGCGUUAAGCUGCGCUACGUCCAGGUCAGUAAUCUGUUCUUGCUGCACCCGCAGCUUCGAGUGGUUCUCAUGCCGUAUAUCGUCUGGAAAUCCUCUCUUCUGAUCACGGUUGUGCCUGCGCUGAUCAACUCCCUCGAACGCAGAUCAAUGGCACGCGCGCAGGCGCGUCGCCUACCUCGGGUGGCGCAAACAUCGAGAUGGGGGGUUCAAACUCUAACCAGCUGGUUGAGUACGUGCAUUCAUACGACCCGCGCAGCUGGUCGUGCCUCCACAUCGCGGAGGGCGCUCUGUCCUGCAACAAUGUCACCGUUCAGAACAACGAUAUCGGACCAUGCGGGUCUGAUGCCUUCCAACAAUGGGCAGAUGGCAUUAGCGUCAGCUGUCAGAACAGCCUCGUCCGCAAUAACAUGGUCAACAAUCCUACUGACGGCGGGAUUGUUCUGUUCGGGGCGCCUGGAACGCUGGUCGAGAACAACACAAUCUGGGUGGAAAAUAUGACCCUGCUUGGCGGGAUCAACAUGGUGGACUACGAGCCGUGGAGCGGGAACUACACGAAUACGAUCGUGAGGAACAACAUGAUCUAUGGUGGCUUCGCCACAGAGCCCGCGGUGUCCGACGAGACCAAGGGCGUGAAUGAUGACGAUGCGAUCAUCAAGAUCGGCAUUGCGAUUGGCCCUCGUACAUGGUUCGGUGACCAGUAUCUGAACAACGUCAGUUUGUCAGGGAGGGUCCUGAACAACCAGUUGAGCGGAGCCUUCGGCUAUGGGAUAGCGAUUUCGUCGGCUGUCAACUUCACCGUCCAAGGAAACACGCUCGUCGGCAACACAUCGUUUAUCGGUGCUCGGGGUCCUAAUUGCAGUACCGUAGACACGACGCCGAAUCCUGCGGCGUUUGUGGAGGAUCAGAGCACUGUGCAAUCAUCCACUAUCCAGGGUGACUUCCAAAUGAUUCCAGACGGGAAUAGCCUCACUUGCAUUAUACCUCCUCCCGGGGGCGACUACUGGCCAUUCGGCGGCCAGCCGUCUGCAACAAGCUCGUCGACUGGUCCGACAUCUUCGUCCUCUUCCACCGGCACCCAGUCAGCCGGGACCUCCUCGUCUCACGGGCUUUCUGGUGGCGCUAAGGCCGGCAUUGCCAUUGGUGUCAUCUUGGGCGUUGCGGUAGUUGCAGUGGUUACACACCUCAUCCGGAAAUCGGCGCUACAGCGUGCCGACGUUGCGAGACGCUACUGAACACUACGCGAAGUUACAAGGAGUACGUAAGAUAAUGAGUCUCUAGUAAUUCUCUUUGACCUUCUAUUAUUAGAUUAGGAGCCGUUGCUUGUUGUUCCACAACCAUAGACAACUACUGUACUCUUCUCAGAGCCUUCUCAUAGAAAUGUAGCAUCGCCUCAGAUUCACACAGACGGUACUCGGGCUGUCGCCGCCUACUUCCAGGUUCUACAUGGAGAUCUGUCAUAACCAACGUGUUCGAAUUGGACAUCCUAAUAUGCUGUGC